GGGGCCCCACAGGCACAGGGGCGGAAGGGGAGAUGGACGAGCCCUGUCUCCGCCCCUGAGGCAAGCCACGAGGAACCCUGUGCGCAUGCGCAGCGCACUCCUGGGGGAAGUGCUUCCGCCCCGCACUGACAUGGCGGCUCCGCAUGGGCUCGAGCGGGCGCGGGUUGGCCGGAAGUGAGGCUCCGAGCCCCUGCGCCGGCCGCGCGCUCGCCGCCCCCCGCUCGCCAUGGCCGGGAUCCUCUUCGAGGAUAUCUUCGACGUGAAGGACAUCGACCCCGAGGGCAAGAAAUUCGACCGGGUUUCCCGCCUGCAUUGUGAAAGUGAGUCUUUCAAGAUGGACCUAAUCCUGGAUGUGAAUAUACAGAUCUACCCCGUGGACCUGGGUGACAAAUUCCGCCUGGUUAUUGCCAGCACCUUGUAUGAAGAUGGGACCCUGGAUGAUGGGGAGUAUAACCCCACUGACGACAGGCCAUCCAGGGCCGACCAGUUUGAGUAUGUGAUGUACGGGAAGGUUUACAGGAUUGAGGGAGACGAAACCUCCACGGAGGCAGCCACACGCCUUUCUGCCUACGUGUCCUAUGGGGGGCUGCUCAUGAGACUCCAGGGAGAUGCCAACAACCUGCACGGCUUCGAGGUGGAUUCCAGGGUUUACCUCCUGAUGAAGAAACUGGCCUUCUAACCGCAGGGGGCCGAGCAGCUGGGGACUGCGGCUGCACCUGGGACCCUGCCACACACGCAGGCUUUGCAAAUAGACACGGCCUUGCUGGCCGGGACCGGGACCCUCGUAUUCAACAGCCGCUGGAUUUCAGCUCCAUUGGCCCAUCUGGACCCUCUGGAGUGAUGCAUGGCAAAAGCCUGCACCGUUUCCAGCAGGCCUUGUGUUUUGUGGCCUCUCUGUUGGCUGGGAGCAGGACAGGGAGCCGUUACUGAGCCUGGUUCUUUACUAAAGUGGGUGCUUCGGAUUUGUCUCUGCUUAGAUCACGCCAGCAAGUGUGAGACCGUAACAUAGUGACACAGCGAAAACCACUGGUGUUUAAGAUGGGGAGUUCACCCCUUUCCGCACAAUGGCUUGGUGGUGCGCAGACAGGACGGCGUCGCUGCACUAGUUGCACUGGAAGGUUUCCUUUGUGACUCUAAGGGCUAGAGACACUUCGUUUUGUCUCCGAGUUGACGCUGCUCUUGUCCUCCAUUCCCCACGCCGGUCAUUGCUGGCUAUAUCCAGACCGUCACCCUGGGUUACGACUGUACAAAGUUUUGGGGCCCGCUGCUUGUCCAGCCGCGAUAAAAAGGGGAGAGAGCUCCCCCUGCUGGAGAACUUGUGCUCCAAGUCUUCCAACACAUGGGGCGGCCCUUAGCGGCCAGCCACAGGUAGAGUUUGGCCAAUGCAGCUAUGGCAAUAAAGGUCCUUGGCGCCGGCAAAAAAGGCCUUUUGCCAAUAGAAUUUUUUGUCUGGGGGACUGGGACAAGCUCUGCCAGCCCAGAAGCUCGUGCCCUUCCUGCUGGAGGGAAGGCCUGAAAGCCAGCUGCAGAGUCGGUGUAACCAGACACAGCUCUGUUGAGCAUACUCGGGCUCGCUGGUUUCAUUCAGGGGCUGAAUCCUGGCCCUUAGAUUCCUCUCUGCUGCCUGGAGCUUCCUUAGUGAACAUUCCACCACGAUCGGAGGUGUGAAGGGCCCUGAAACGCCAGUGCCCAAGGAGACCUGUCGCCUGUAGCGGAGAUGUGGCCUUAGUCUCCUUCCAUUUAAUUCAGCCUAGAAAUUGCUGCAGGGGAGGGGUAAGAGGGGAGAUGCCUGCGAGAUGCGCUAGCCUUGGAAGGGGCCAGGUUAGGAGAAGGGGUGAGAGCCGGAGCUGCCUGUUUCUGGGAAAGGCACCUGUCUGCCAGCCGUUCCUGCAGCGGCCACAGGAGGGUGCUGGAUGCCUAAUUCUUGGGAGGGUGGAGCACUGCCCCCAACGCCCCCCCACACACACUCCCCUGAGCGGGACGGGGAAGUGGGUGGAAGAGAGUCUGUUUCUCACUGAAGUUCCUAGAAUAAAAAGGCUGGUGCCCCCCCUGUGCAUGGGCCUCUAGCGAGCAGGCCUGUGUCCCCCCGCUAGCCCCAUUCUGUUCAUCUGAGCUUUGCCCCCUGCUAAGCGAGAUCACAGGGCUCUUUAGAAAAAUAAGCUCUUUAAUCAUAAGACAUUUUCCCGGUAAAAGACACCCGCCCCCUCCCUGCUCCUUAACUCUAGCAAGCAGCCCGAAUCCAUCUCCUUUCCACUUCCACAGUCACGAUAAACAGCAAGUGCAGCAUUACCCUCUGUGCGGGGAGGCUGGGCUG